UACAUGUUCGCGUGAGGGUCGCUGGGACGCCGCCGCUCGCCGCACGGAAUGCUCACUAAAACACGUCGGAAUUAUGAUUAUGGUCGCAUUAUCACCAAGUAAACGAGGAUGGACAACAGCAGAGAAGGCGAGCGAGGGGACAAAACCCGGGGUGGGUUGCCACCCGGGAUGGACCCGGCAACAGCUGCACUAUAUGCCAACAUGUUUGGAGCAGGCAGCUUAGGACCCUAUGGGGCAGCAGCGGCAGCGGGCAUCCCGGGCUGGGGUGGGCUGCCUCCUGGCUUCCCACCCUCCAGUUCCGCAGCCGGCCUGGCAAGCUUGGCAGCAGCACAGCAAGCACAACAGGCUGCAGCACUGGCUAGUCUCGGACCAGCUGCAGCUGCCUACCAGGAUCGAGCAAUGGGAGAUCAACAUUACCGGUACAACCAAAGCAGCUACCGAGCCGGGAUGAAUCCGCGUUCACACGAGGCGCACUUCUCCGAUUCUACAGCCUGGUGGAAUCUGGCCGGCCUGCAGCAGAUGGAACUCCUGUCCCGCUUGCAGGGGGGCCUCGGGGGGAGUGGGGGGGCGGGGGCUGCUGCUGCCGCUGCUGCAGGCCUCGGAGGCUUUGGCGGCCUGCAUCCCGAACACUUGAUGAACCUGGAAAUCCUCCAAGCACAACAUGCAGCUGCCAUGGCUGCAGCCUUAGCCACAAGUAAGGCCUCAACUAGCAGUUCCAAACACUCUAAGAAUAGUAGCAGUAGUAACAGCACUAGCAGCAGCAGUAGUAGCAAGGGCAUCACCAGUACUCUCAGCUAUAGAGGUACAUCGGCCACAACCACGACCUCGUCCUCCAGUAAAUCACGGGAGCUCUCGAGCAGCAGCAGCAGUCGCUCAGGGCUAGAGAUCAGUCGCCUGGCCUCGUCCUCACACUCCUCGUCUUCCAACCCCAGCAGGCCGCCGAGCUACCCAUACAACUCCUCCUCGUCCUCCUCCUCCUCCUCCUCAACACACCGUUACAGCUCUCCGCUCUCUGGCCUCGAAAGUGCUACUUCACAUCAUUCCGAGCUGGGUUCCUCAGCCAGCCUCUCCUACGGCAUUGCUAGUCUCAUUGCUGACAAACACCCGUCAUCCCAUAAGUCGCACUCGUCCUCAUCAUCAUCAAACAAUUCCUCAUCACAAGCAGAGCGGGUUGCCGAGAAACUGGCAAAUAACGGGAGUGUGUCCAUCUCCAAGGCCAUCCGAAACAAGGAAUUAGAGAUUAUUCCCAUCUCGCCGGCCGUGAAGGGGAGCACGCAGUCGCACGGCAACACCCAGCCCCACCGGGACAAGUCGGAGCCCAAGGUGUCCAUCUCGACCGUCGGCUCGGGCAACUCCCGGCUGUCCAACGGCGUGCCGGGCAGCGGCGGGUGGCGGGAAGAGAGCGCCAGCGUCUCCAUCGAGCCCUGCGGGUCGACCGGCUCAGCCUCAGCUGACGACGCUCCGCUGAAUCUUUCCAUGAAGAGCACUGCUUCGCCAAGGCCAUCAUCGAAAAGUCACGAUAAGAGAGAACACAAGGAAUCACAUCCUAGUCCGCUGACCCUGCCUCGAAGUGGACUUCCUCCUUUAGACUUCCCUCCAGGCUUAAGUGCAGGCUUGGGUGCAGGCCUAACCCCUAGUCUAGAAGUUCUACAAAGUUUAUAUGGGCAGCACGGAGAGCCCAGGGAUGUUCUGGCCUCGAUGCAAGAAGCUCUUCAACGUCAGCUCCUCGCCGCAGACGGAAAGAGAGAGGAGAAGAAGAAGAGGAGGGAAGAGGCUCACAGGCAGUCUAUUUACCAGAUGGAGGACGCCCAGGAGCGGUCACGGCAUCUUGGACGAGGAGUAUCCAAACCCAAAAAGAACACAGUUGCGUCAUUGCUGGAACAGUGUCGUGCAGCGGGCAUAAAGCCUUCAACCCUACCUCUGCCCCCCACUACCUCCAUAGCAGCCACACCAGUCACUACCUCCCCCCCUCUGCACGUUUCUUCGUUGCGCGCGGGGGACCCCAUCUCGGCAGCUUCUCCAAUUGUCAACUCCCGGUCCUCGCCAUCACCAGCGUCGCAAUCUCUUCCUCCAACAUUACUGCCUGGGCUCCCAGCAAAUCUCCCUCCGUCACUCUCUGCCUCUCUGGGGGCGCCAUUACCCCCUCCAGUCGUACCCACGCCUCCUGUGCCCUCCCUGUCCAUCUCUGCCAUUGCCUCCACUCAGGCCUCCACCACCUCUGAGGUUUCUACCACAAUCACUCUGACGACAACAUCCUCCCUGUUGUCCUCCACCUGCCUAACGCCUCCAAUGGACACCCCCUCCACCCCCUCAACCACCACCACCACCACCACAUGCACUGCUCCUUGCACUUCCUCCAACUCGUCCCCAUUGCCUCCCUCAGCCUCCACUUCGUCAGUGGCUGGCUCUGGCUCUGCUGUCGCUUCCUCUUCUUCCUCCUCCUCUUCCUCCGCCUCUGCCCCCCCUCCCUCCUCUUCUUCCCCUUCCUCCUCUGCUGCCACCUCCUCCUCCUCCUCUUCCUCUUCCUCUUCCACUGCCACCAUCACAACCAACUCUUUAGCCACCUUGUCCAGCCUUCCAGCCUUGUCCAAUUUACCCCCUAUACCAGGCCUGGCCACGCCACCCUUGUCAUCCGUCUCUGCAUCCACAACUCCUCCACCUCCCAUUCCAUCAGCCACCACGAUAUCCAGUCUAUCGACAGGGAUAUCCUUGACAUCCUCAUCCACACCCCCUAUAAUGGCCUCCACCCUGUCACUGCCCCUUCCCUCUGCGCUGUCCUUGUCCUCUUCUGUGAGCAUAACAUCCGUGGCUCCUGAGACCACCAUGGCAUCACUACUCAACAAACCAAGUGUCACCAUACACCCGACAACUUCAGCACCAGAUGGCCACGACAGGGCAAAGUCUAAUAUGGAAAUGGAGAAUUCGGUGGACAUUGUAGCAAUCACAAGAGCCCAUGAGAAUGGGGGAGAUAAACCAGUGAAGAAGCGACACAUGAUCACGUCGAGCAGCGUGGACGGAAGGCUGAUCACCACCAUUAAAGCCGCAGCAACAGCCAUGGAUUCCUCAGAGCUUAGUGACUCUGAAUCGGAUGAUGAGUCCACCUCGCUCUCCUCCAUUGAUGAGGACACCUUAAAUAACAUCCCAUCCCCUUGGCUCAAGAGGGACACCCCAGACUCACCCUCUGUCUAUGGUGACUCUCCGCCAACCAAGAAACGGAAGAUGAUAACAGAUGAAGUUUCACUUCGCGUCCCGCUUAUGUACGGGUGGCGGAGAGAGACGACAAUGCGCACAAUCACACAAUCAGGAGUUCGAGGAGAAGUAAUCUACUAUGCCCCUUGUGGCAAGCCCUUCCGGCAAUACCCAGACAUAAUGAGGUACUUGGAGAAGCAUGGAAUAACGGAAGUGACGAGGGACAACUUCAGCUUCUCAAGCAAGAUACCCAUUGGAGAUUACAUUGAUGCAAACUCUCAGACACGCCAUAAUGAGAAUGAGAUACGGGACAGAAUUCAGAAAAUUCGGGAGCAAAAAGGAUACAAACCGCAAAGAAAAAAUGAGGACGGCCGAGAUGCCCUAGAAGUGGAGGCCGAGGCCAUCCUCCGACGGUUAGAGGCCGAGGAGGAGGCCGAGAAGGCUCGAAAGGAGUACCGAGCACAGCUAGAAGAACAACAACAACUCAGCUGGCCCGGCGACUGCUUUGGACUGAUCCAACAAGAGAUACGAGAGGGAUUACAGCGAGAACAGGAAAGACUAAAGAAACAGGAGGAACUCAGGAAAGAAAAAGAGGAAUUACGGAAGCAGAGGGAGGAAGAGAACCGGCAGAGACUCUACGAGCAGCUGAGAAAGGCACAGGAAAGAGAACAAGAAAAACAGAAGCAGAAGUUGAUUAAGGAACAGUUGUAUCUACAGGAGCUCAACAAACAACGUGAAAUGCUCUACACUCUUGAGCUGGAGCGAGAGAGGAGGAGAUACCAUGGCGUUCUAGUGCGCGCCAUUGAAGCGAGGAAAAGAUACGAGGAGAGAGAAAGACGGAGAGAGGAGAUGAAGGAAGAGAAGAGGGCGACCAGAGAAAGAAAACGUGAAGAGCGCUUGCAGGCGCGGGAGAUCCACCAGCUUAUGAAGGAGGUGAAGGAGGACAUGGAACUGACGGACCACACUGACCUGCCCGAGAUCUCCCGUCUCGAUGGCCUGAGACUGCCCCCAGAGGCAUUCGGAAACAUCCUCAUGGUUUUUGAGUUCCUGCACAAUUUCGGGGAAACCUUAGGGUUCGACAUGGAGUCGCUACCAUCAAUUCAGAGCUUGCAGAUGGCUCUCCUGAAUGAUAAUGAAAGCGAGGAGGAGCUCUUGAGUGUACUGUCUCACUUGCUUGUAUGUGCCAUUGAAGAUCCAGGAAUACCAUCUGCACAGCGGCAUACCACCAUCCUGGGCCAGACCCUAAACAGAGCUGACAUCACGCACGCCAACAUUUCUGAAAUCUUGAGAGUUUACCUGAAUGCCAAUGCCACAGGCGAGGUUCGCAUCAUUCAUGGCCUCCUGGGCACAGAGAAGGAGCGUCGCGAAAACCCCAAAAAGGCCCAGGAAUGGGACGCAAAGCUGGCGGAGAUGGAUGCUUACAAGAUGUCCCAGUGGCUGAUGCACCUGCCCUUCCUCGCCCUCAAUCCGACUCAGAAGAGUGAGAUUGUGGCCUACGUGUGCAAUGAGCUCCUGCAGAACAAGGCAGUCGUGCGGCAGAUUGAAGAGUCGCUUGAUAGACACAACGGCCUCAAGACGGAGAAGUGGAAGCUGGAUGCCAGGAUCAGAAAACUGCGUAGGAGUGUCGCCCGCAAGAGAAUCUACAACGCGGCCAUGAGGUCCAUGAUGGAGCACAGGGGAGAGGACUCAAACAUGUCCAACAUCUCUGGCAUCUCAUCCUGCCAGGGAGAACAAGAGAAAGGAGAGAAGAAGGAUAAGGAAGAGGACAAGAUGAAGGAGGAGGAGGAGGAGGAAGAGGAGGAGGAGAAUGAAAGCGGCAACGAGAGCGACAACAUGGAGGAGAUUCCAGACGAGGAGGAUGACAAACACCUCAAUGCGGACGAUGCAUCCAAGACCCUAGAGCUCCUCCAGCGUCAGAUGAACCAGGUGCGGCAGGAGCUCUUUGACACAGCCCAGCAAGUGCGAGGUUUCAACUGUGGCCAAGAUAGGUUCCAGCGGACGAUGUGGGUGUUGCCUCAUGCCGGAGGUCCCUUCCUGGAAGGCCUGUCAUCGUGUGACUACACCGGAAGGGAGCAUUUCCCCGUCACGGUUCCCCCGGCAGGAGGGAAGGUCGGCUACACCCUAGAGGAGAUAACGGAGAAGCUGAAGGAGGACCAGAUCAAGAAGGAGAAGAUCAAGGAAGAGCGGAAGAGCGAGGUCAAGGAGGAGCCGGUUGUGAAGGAGGAGCAGAUGGAAGUGGUGAAGACAGAGAGCGAGGUGAAGAAGGAGGCGGGCGAGGAGGCAUGUGUGGGGAGUGUUGAGAAGGAGGAGGUGGAUGUGAAGCCGCCUCUGAAUGGCCAGGUGAAGGAAGAGGAUGAUUUUGAAGUGCCUGAUAUUCCAAAACGAACAGAAAAGUGUAAAGAAGAAAUUGAAAAACUGGAGGAGACAAAGAACGAUAACCUGAAUGGUGUGAACGAAUCCAAAGCCAACGGAAACACGACCAGUGAAGUGUACUCUUCGCUGAUCAAUGCUGGACUUAAUCCCUACAUGGUCAAUGGCCUGAAGGAGGGCAACCCCUCGGGAAGCAGUGAAGGAAUUGACCAGAACCUUUUGGCGACGGGGCUCGGCCUCGUUCCCGGGCAGUACCUGAGACCCGAGCAUGUUGCCCAGCGGGAGAAGUUGAGCUUCAGCCUACUGCCGCGCAUACCCUGUGAUGUCUCGUCCCUGGAAGCACUGCCAGCCAACCAGACUCCCCAGGCCACCCCUAGAGGAUCCCCUCGGGAGGCCUCGCCCUUUUCAAGGUACAGCAGGCCACAAAGCCCUGCUGUAGGAGUCUCCCAGAAUUCAGGCAGUACCCCAGGCCCACAGAACACCCCCUUAGGGGCAAACACCCCUGGAGUACCCAGCACUCCAGUGGCAAUGAGCACCCCAGGGGCUGUGCCCACGCCGGGGUCUGUGAGCACCCCCAUCUGUAUGAACGCCACUCAGGGAAGUGUGUGCAGUACUCCAGGAACUCUGAGCAACUCAACCGUGUCAGGGACGCCCGUAUCAUCAAGCAUGCCAGGGAGUGUCCAGUGCAUGUCCCAUCGGGAAUUGCUCGAGAGAUUACACCAGUCAGCUGAGGCUCUGCCUGUCCCAGAUGAGUACAAAACCGGAUGGUGGCACGUGACCGAUGUGGAACAGUUGCGCGAGAUGAUUGGGGCACUGAACGAGAGAGGCGUGAGGGAACGAGAACUAAAACGCUUCAUUGAAAAGAAUUUCACCAUAGUGAAGAAUGCCCUCGCAAAAAUCGACCCAGAGACGGUGACCCUAGAACCCGACGCCGAGGAGGACGAGAAGGUUUUCUUCGAUGAGUACGGAACCCCAGUGGCCGAUGAACCCGCACACUGGUCACCGGAGAUCGCACUCAAGGUGGAUCUUCUCGUGCUGGACACUGUUUACGCGAUGGAGGAGAAGAUCACUAAUGCAUCUAUGCAGAAUAAGAGUUGGCGUCUGGGCGAGAAUGGAGAAAAGCACAUGGGUGAAUUUCGCGCAUCUUGCCUCUCUCCUGUAGACGAGAACGACGUGCGCCUGAACCCCAUCCAUGUGGGACGAGAGAGACUCCUGGCGCUCGAGGAGGGCAUCGAAAGAAGAUACCUCAAGCCACCUCUAGGAAUACCAGUGAACCCAAAGAACGAAACGACAUCGGAGUCCAAGGAAUCUCCGAAGGGCCUGCAGGUGUGGCGGGAGGCGGUGGCCAAGUCCGAAACGGCUGCGCAACUGGCAAUGUGCACCUAUAUGCUGGAGACGGCUGUUGCUUGGGACAAAAGCAUAAUGAAAGCAUACUGCCAGUUCUGCCACAGUGGAGAUCAUGAGGAGAAGCUGUUGCUCUGCGACGGCUGCGACAAGGGCUACCACACACACUGCUUUAAACCACCAAUGAAUAACAUUCCUGAGGGUGACUGGUACUGUUAUGAAUGCGUCAACAAAUUUAGUGAUAGUUCGCAACGGCACUGCCUGGUGUGUGGCGGGACGGAGGGCCGGACACUCGUCCACUGCUCGGUCUGUCCAAGAGCUUAUCACACCACCUGUAUCACUCCUAACCUUUCUAAGGUACCUCGCAACAAGUGGGUGUGUCCAGCCUGCACCAGCAAGAGUCCCCGAGGGCGAAGAGGGCGCGCGAAGAAAGUGAGUGAGAGCAACACCCAGGGGGCGGCCAACAACAGUACCACACCCUUGGAUGUUUCGCAGGACGGCAUUGAUGAGGCUCAGCCCUCAACCCCGGUCUCGUCAAGCAAAAAGGAGAGAGCCAACAAGAAGAAGGAACAGAGAGACUUACAGGCGUGCAAAAGCAUAGUCCAAGAGCUAGAAGGACACGAGGAUGCGUGGCCCUUCCUCCUCCCCGUCAACACCAGACAAUUCCCCACCUACAAGAAGAUCAUCAAGAAGCCCAUGGACCUCUCCGUCAUCAAAAAGAAAUUGGAAGAUAAUCUGUAAGUCAGCUGGGCUGUGUGCUUGCUGUCCGUUUU